UUGGCGAUGUGACAUGUCUGUCAGCGAACCAGUGGAGGCUUUAAAAGUUGUGUGCGUGUGUGCUGUCCGCAGCUCGUCCAUGGUGUUGUUGUAGGGAGUGUUGCAGUCUCUUAAAAGGACCACCAUGGCAAUGUGGAUCCAGGCCCAGCAGCUGCAGGGAGAGGCUUUGCACCAGAUGCAGGCGCUGUACGGCCAGCACUUCCCCAUUGAAGUGCGACACUACUUGGCUCAGUGGAUUGAAAGCCAACUCUGGGAUUCAGUGGAGUUGGACAAUCCAGCUGAGGAGACCAAAGCCAAGCGUCUGUUGGACAACCUGGUGGCCGAGCUGCAAAGGAAAGCCCAGCUUCAGGGAGGGGAGGAUGGUUUUCUGCUCAAGAUCAAGCUAGGCCACUACGCCAGCCAGCUCAAGAGCACUUAUGACCGCUGUCCUUUGGAGCUGGUGCGCUGCAUUAAACACAUCCUGCACUCAGAGCAGAGGCUUGUUCAAGAAGCUACAAAUGCCAGCUGUGGGAGUGGAGGGCAGGCCAUGGACACCCUGUCCCAGCGGCAUCAGCAAAUCAACCAGGCCUUUGAGGAGCUCCGCCUGGCCACACAGGAAACUGAGAAUGAAUUGAGAAAGCUGCAACACAGCCAGGAGUACUUCAUCAUCCAGUAUCAGGAAAAUCUCCGCAUACAGGCCCAACUGAGCAGCUUGUCUUCACUGCCUCCAGCUGAGCGCACCCAGCGGGAGACCACCCUACAGAGCAAGCGAGCCACUGUGGAGGCCUGGCUCACCAGAGAGGCCAGCACACUACAGAAAUACAGGCUUAAUUUGUCAGAGCAACACCAGAAGACUCUCAGCCUGCUGAGGAAGCAGCAGACUCUGAUUCUGGAUGAGGAGCUCAUUCAGUGGAAGAGGAGGCAGCAGCUGGCUGGCAAUGGGGGUCCUCAUGAAGGAGGACUGGAUGUUCUCCAGUCCUGGUGUGAGAAGCUGGCUGACCUUAUCUGGCAGAACCGGCAGCAGAUCCGACGCUGUGAACAUCUUACCCAGCAGCUUCCCCUGCCAGGCCCAAUGGAAGAGCUGCUUAGCAAACUCAAUGCUGACAUUACUGACAUAAUCUCUGCCCUGGUUACCAGCACCUUCAUCAUUGAAAAGCAGCCACCCCAAGUGUUAAAGACCCAGACCAAGUUUGCAGCCACCGUCCGCCUUCUGGUUGGCGGGAAGCUCAACGUCCAUAUGAACCCACCUCAGGUCAAGGCUGUCAUUGUUAGCGAGCAGCAAGCCAAAGCUUUGCUAAAGAAUGAGAGUACACACAGUGAAAGCAGUGGGGAAAUCCUCAACAACAACUGUGUGAUGGAGUAUCACCAGGCCACUGGUACCCUCAGUGCACACUUCAGAAACAUGUCACUGAAGCGGAUCAAGCGUUCAGACCGUCGAGGUGCAGAGUCAGUGACAGAGGAGAAGUUCACAGUCCUGUUUGAGUCACAGUUCAGCGUUGGGGGCAAUGAGCUAGUCUUCCAUGUCAAAACCUUAUCCCUGCCUGUGGUUGUGAUCGUCCAUGGCAGUCAGGACAAUAAUGCUACAGCAACAGUCCUGUGGGACAAUGCCUUUGCUGAGCCAGGCCGAGUUCCAUUCAUCGUGCCAGACAAGGUCCUGUGGCCUCAACUGUGUGAGGCCCUCGAUAUGAAGUACAAGGCAGAGAUGCACAGUGGCCGUGGUCUGUCAGAGGAUAACCUGGUCUUUCUGGCACAGAAGGCUUUUACAAGUAGCAGCAAUAACCCAGAAGACUACCGCAACAUGACUAUAUCCUGGGCCCAGUUCAACCGGGAGAGCUUACCUGGCCGCAACUUUACCUUCUGGCAGUGGUUUGAUGGAGUCGUAGAGCUCAUGAAGAAACAUCUCAAGCCUCAUUGGAAUGAUGGGGCCAUUCUGGGCUUUGUGAACAAGCAGCAGGCACAGGACAUGUUGCUGUCCAAACCAAACGGCACAUUCCUGCUGCGAUUUAGCGACUCUGAGAUUGGAGGCAUCACCAUUGCCUGGGUGGCCGAAAAUCCCAACAAACCAGGCGAGAGGCUGGUCUGGAAUCUGUUGCCUUAUACAACCAAGGAUUUCUCUAUUCGCUCCCUGGCUGACCGCAUCAGUGACUUGAACCAUCUCCUGUUUCUCUAUCCAGACCGGCCCAAAGACGAGGUCUUUGCCAAGUACUACACCCCUCCACUGUCAAAAGCAGUGGAUGGAUACGUAAAGCCACAGAUCAAACAAGUUGUGCCAGAAUUCACCACCCCGAACCCUGAACCCAGCAGUGGAGCUCCUACAUUCAUGGACCAGACAGCUUCUCCCUCCGUGAGCCACCCAAACAAUUUUGGUGUCUACCCUUCCAUGAGUGACAGCAUGUUGGAUCCAGAUGGGGACUUCGACCUGGAGGACACAAUGGACGUAGCUCGUCAUGUGGAAGAACUUCUUCGCAGACCUAUCGCCAACCAGUGGAGCAGCCAGCAGUCCUGAACCACAAACCUAAAGCUGUUGUACACCUUUAGGUCUUGUACAUAUUGAAACAUCCAUUCUUGUAACUCCGACUGGAGUGCAACCUUUGCAAGUCAGCCACUCUGGCAGAUCCACAUCAUUUCACUAUUCAGGUCCAGUUUUAGCUGCCUACAGCAAAAGAACACGUCCAGUAAUGAAAAGUCACCUACACGCCUAAAUGUCUCUUUAAAGAAACUAAACUUGUUAUUAAGAGUCAGUAUUACUGGCAUUUGACAGGAGCUUAAUGUUCUCUCCCACUUGUCAUAGUUUCUCAGGGCUGUCGUGUUGAACUGGUUUGGUUCAGUAAGAUUUUUAUACAAAGUUUAGAAAUACAGUUAAUUUUAAUGGAAGCUUUGCUUAUGUGCCUAAUGAGCUUUUAGCUGACACCAGGAGACUUGUACAGAAAAGUAUUUCAAAAAUUUUAGUUUUUUUUUACCCUCAACACAGUUGACAUUGGUGAGUGUAUCCAAGUGCCGACAAAUUACAAAUACAGAGAAUAUUGGUCAAUAUUUUUUUAUUGUGUUGAAAAUAUAGAAAUUACUCAAGACAAAAAAAUGAGACUAUGUAACGUUUGCGGACGUUUAGCCUCUGUAAACAUAAAUAGCCUUAACAGAAUGAUGGCAAGUGAUCUUUCCUUUAACUCUCAGGAUUCUUUUAAAUCGGGUUUUUUAAAGAUGUUCUCAUCUGACCGACAGUCUGUGGAAGAGAACAACAGACAAGAAACGACCGACAUGACUUACAGUGAGGUACAUCAGAGCUGUUGCUUUAUCAUUAGCUUAGCUGUGGCUUAAGCUUUAACACAGGUUUAAACCUCUGUUAAAUGCCCCUGCUGUGUCUUCUGGGCUUGCAAUUUUAACUUAGCUGCUGUGUCCCAUAGAAACCACCGAGCGCCAGUGGAGCUCACUGAGCUUGACCUCAGUACUGUUGCAUCCCUAGGUUACCUGAGGCUUAAAACAAAGAAAACGCAAGUCUCCACAGAAAGAGGCUUACUGAUGUGACCCACUGAACAGAGUGGGUAGUAUGUAUGGAGUAGUGCAGCAGUGCAAGGUGCCAGGUGAGCCAGCUGAUUUUUUCAUUGUGCUGAGUCUCAGGAAAACAAAAUCAUGUGUGUAUUGUAAGAGCAGUUCUUACCUCAGUCUUGAUACAUUUUAUUGUAUAUUAUUAUCAUUGAUACUGUAGUAAAUUUUAAGGAGAGUUGUUAUUGUACAGACCAAAUGUUUAACUAUAUAAUGGAUAUUUAUAUUGAUACAUUAUUUUGUUAUAAUUAGCUGAAGCUAGACUGAUAAAACACUGUAUAUUUUUAGUCAUAUUUCUGAGUUCUGUCCUCAGCAAUUAGAUCAGGGGUGU